GUGGUGAGUUUAAACGCCUGGGAAUGUUUGACACUGAAGGACAAUAUUCUCCGUAAAUUAGAUACGAAGCGUCUCUCAAGUGUCUCCAAAACUCCGCAGGCAGGAUGGAGGCGUGUAUGGUGAAGCCAGAAGUCAAGAAGAAACCAAAACCGCCCAAGCCUCCUCCGAAGCCUGCAGAGGUCAAAAGAAAUGAAGCAGAGAGACCAGGUCCUGUGGUUCCUCCUCGACCACGUAAUGAUGAACUGACUCAAACACAAUACAGACUAAAGAGCUCAGCAGUGGAAAACAAACAGCAACGAGAGACAAAAGAGAAACUGCCUGAAACUCCCGCCGUUCCGCCCAGACCUACAGAAAAGGAACUGAAUAAUGCAACCAGAUACAGUCAGCGCAGGAGGAUCCAGGCUGAGGACACAGAGAGCUCCAGAGAAACUGCCCAACCAGAAACUGCAGAAGUUCCCAGAGAUGAAGCCGACUUCAAACAGAGCAAUGAGUCGGUCCUGACUGGGUUAUUUCGACGGAGCCAUAAAGAGAAAACACCGACGUUCACUAGUUAUAUGAUCAACACCUUUGGCGAAGAGGAGAAAACUGAAGAGGCCCCAGUCAAACAGGCUCCUGGCAGCAAACCGGGUGUUCUGAAGGGAGUAAUGAAAGGGUUGCAGAUCAAGUCGUCACCAAAGGCCAGCAGAGACCCGAGUCCAGAUCCGAGGGCAGAGGAAGGAGGCUCAGAAAAGGAACAAUCUGCAGAAAAAAACAAGCCAGAGAAGAAUGCGGAACCCAAACAGGACAAAGGAGGUCUGCUCGUUGGAAUGUUCCCAAAAACACCCAAAGAGAAAUCAUCUUCUCCGGCAGUGACGGUCAGUAAAGCAGACAGUGAUACCGAACAUGCAGAAGAAGAGAAAACAUCAGAACAGUCCAUCGAAAAUCGAAGGUUCUUCUCUGGCAUCCUUAAAAAAUCCAACAGACCAGCAGAUGAGACGUCUGCACAGGAGACUCUGAGUGCCCAUAGUGAUCUAUCUGCCAGCAGUGACAGUCUGUCUGAAAACAGGGAAAAAGGAAACAUUUUCAGCGGGAUUUUCAAGAAGUCACCGAAACCAGCAGAAGCCACUCAAACCGAUGAGGACCAACUGCAUGGAGAUCUGUCCAGCAGCACUGUUAAUCUGAAUGAAGCUCCAUCAAAGGAGAAAGGUUUUUUCAGCGGCAUCCUGCGCAAAUCUCCCAAGAUUCCUGGAGAGGAGACACCUGCACAGGAUAAAGAGUCACACCAGACCAACCUGUCAGCCAGCAAUGAGAGUCUGUCAGAGAACACCAAAGAGAAGGGGAAUGUUUUCAGUGCGAUGUUUAAGAAAUCUCCAAAAUCAUCUCAAGGCUCCCGACUGGAAGAGGGGGCAGAGCUGUUGCAUGGCGAGCUUUCUGCCAGCAGUGACAGCCUGUCGGAGAACAAGGAGAAAGGCAGUUUGUUCAGUGGACUCCUCAGAAAGACUCCGAAAACAACCGGGGAGGAGAAUCUGUCGGCACAUAAAGAUGUUUCAGGCAGCAGUGACAGUCUGUCUGAGGCUCCCAACACAAAGGAGAAAGGAGGAGCAUUUGGUGGAAUGUUUAAGAAGUUGUCCAAACGUUCAGAAAGUCCUCCAACAGAUGAGGAGAAAACGUCACAAGACGACGAUCUCUCUGGCAGCACUGAAGCUCUAAAUGAGAACACAAAGGAAAAAGGAGGAAUAUUUAGCGGAAUAUUCAAGAAGCCACAAAAACAUGCAGAAACUGCUCAAUCAGAGGAGGAUCCUGACUCUGAGCUCUCAGCCAGCAACGAGAAUUUAUGUGAGAACAAACAGGAAAAAGUUGGGCUGUUCGGUGGCCUUCUCAAAAAAACACCCAAAGCAUUCGGAGACGAUGAAGCUGUAGAGGACAAAGACUCUCAGUCGGAGCUGUCUAUAAGCAACGACAGUUUGGCUGAAAAUGGCAAGGAGAAAAAUGGAGGUUUGUUUGGCGGACUCCUCAAAAAGACUCCUAAAUCAUCAGAAGAAAAGGCAGAGUCUUCUGACAGAGAAGCUCAGAAAGAGCUGUCGGGCAGCAAAGACGACCUGUCUGAGAAUAGCAGCACCAAGGAGAAAAACAUUUUCAGCAACAUGUUUAAGAAGAAACUGGCAGAGAGCGUUGCAGCAGAGAAGGAGUUGGAGGGAAAUGCUAAGGAUCAGUUUUCUGGCAGCAGUGAGAAUCUGACUGGCACUACCGUACCAAAGGAGAAAAAAGCAGGCCUGGCUGGAAUAUUCAAAAGAUCGGCCAGCAUCGACAACCUGUUCGACGAGGAGAAGGGUGGGCUGUUUAGUGGACUUCUCAAGAAAACUCCCAAAGCAUCUGGAGACGACGAAGCAGCAGAAGACAAGGAAAUGUCUGCAAGCAACGACAGUUUGGCUGAAAAUGACAACACAAAGGAGAAAAACAUCUUCAGUGGGAUGUUUAAGAAAACUCAGAAACCAGCCGAUGAGGAAUCAAAUACCAGCGAGGACAAGAAACUAUCCUCUAGUUGUGAAAACCUUUUAGAAGCAGCCGGAUCUAAGGAGAAAACAGGAGGAUUUGCAGGAAUCUUCAAAAAGUCGCCUAAACCUGCUCCUCGCAUCAUUGCUACUCAGGAUCCCCUCAGCGACUCAAAGCUCCUGUCUGCCAGCUGCGACAGCCUCCCAGAAGCUGGACAGGAGGAUCUUUCAGCACACGGUGAAUUGUUGGGCAGCACUGACAAUCUUAUUGAAGCUACAGGUGCCACAAAGGAGAGGAAAGGUGCAUUUGCUGGAAUGUUCAAGAGGACUCCCAAAACUGUGGAGCAGCAGGAAGGGGAAGGUUUGGAGGCGCCAGAGGGAGGCGGACUGAGACGCAGGAGGACCAUCAAGAAGAAAAGACGAGUUGUGUCGUUCCGAGUCAAGACAACUCUUCCCCGGAUUCCCAAACUUAACUUGCCUUCACAGAGUUCAGAAAAGCUGCCUUUGGUUGAAGAGACUGUUGAGCUGCAGGAUCUGAACUUAGCACAGGAGAGCACAGUGGAGGUUCAGCAGGUGGAGAUGGCAGCUUAUCCGACUGAAGAAAACCCAGCAGAAACUGAGCAGGAACCCGAUGAACUGAUGGAGUGGUGGAACACAGUCAAAGGUUGGACCGAGUGGAAUGAGAGUUCAAAUUUCCAGGCAGAGGAUGAAGAAAUGGCAAUGGAGCAGGCGGCCGAUCGAGUCUACAUGGCCGCCCGUCUCUUUGUGCGUCUCUUCAACCAGCGGGGGGCAUCCUUACAGCAGCGCAUCCUGGAACUCGUGGCUCUGGCUGAUGCCGCCGAUCAGUUCCACAAGAAGACAGUCUCGGCAGCCGUGGGCGGCGGCGUUGCCAGCGUGGCUGGCAGUGUGGCCACGAUCACCGGCCUCAUUCUGGCACCCUUCACCUUCGGGGCCUCCAUCAUUGUCACGGCCGUGGGCAUCAGCGUGGCAACGGCGGGCAGCAUCACGUCGGCAACGGCCAACAUCACCGACACAGUUCACUCCAACAUGGACCGGAAGAAGGUAGAGAAGAUGAUCCAGGGCUACGAGGAGGAGAUCAAGGACAUCAGAGAGUGCAUGGAGUUUGUGCAGGAAGGUAUGAACACCCUGGAGGAGUGGGAUUUCAGCAAAUACUCUGAAAGUGCGGCCAAAAAGGCUUUGAACCACAACAUCAAACACGUGAUGAAGGAGGGCGGCCGAGCUGGAAAAGCCCUAAUGAUCAACACCGACAAGCUCAUCAGCACCGUGCAGGUUUUGGGCGCGGCAGGCGGCGUCGCCAAAGCUGCCCAGGCCAUCAGCGUCACCACGGGCGUCAUGUCGGCACUGUUCCUGGCUCUCGACGUUUUCUUCCUCGCCAAAGACUCCCACAAGCUCCGCAAAGGCGCCAAAACCAAGUUCGCCGCUAAGAUCCGGGAGGUUUGCAAAGACCUCCAAGACGGCCUCCUAGAACUGAACAAGGUGAAGACACAGCUGCAGAAGACGAUGGAUGGCAUCGAGGUGGAGGAGUACGAGGAGAUAGAGGAGGUGGAGGUGGAGAUCGACGAUGACUUGGAGUCCGACCCCAAGAAGCUGGCAGAGCUGGAGCAAGAGCUGGACCUCCUGGAGGAGAAGCUGGACAAGAAGGCAGAGGAGGAGCUGAAGAAGAGCAGAGAGGUGGAGAAGGAAAAUCUGAAAAGUAAGAAGGAGAAAAAAGAGGAGAAAGUAGAAUCGGAGGAGAAGAAGGAGGAAGAGGAGAUGAAGGAGGAAGAAGAUGACUCAAAGAAAGAGAAAAAGGAAGAAGAAGAAAGCAAAUUAGAGGAAAAGGAGCCGAAACAUGAGAAGAGUGUCAAAACCUCCAAAGAAGAAGUUUUAAAAGAACAACCUCAGAAAGGAAGCAAGAAAGACAAAGAAGCUGAGAACAGAUUAACAGUCGAAAAAGAGAAACACGAGAGCAAGCGAGACAAGACGAAAGAAGAAACAGGUGUGAAUAAAACAGCAGACAGGAAGGAAAAAGAGAAAAAUAAGAUGGAAAAAGAGCAGGAAGAAGUUAAGAGCAGCUCAGUAGAUGACAGGAGGUUAAAAAUGCACCAUGAGAACAGAGAAAGUGGAAGGAGAAGAAGCAGCAGGGAGGAGAAGCCCGAGGGGAAUAAAGAGGAGAGGAGGCACAGCAGCAGGAGCGAUAGAUACGAAACCAGAGAGGGCGACCGGACGGAGAGCUGGAGGAGGCAAGGAGAGGAGGAGAGAGGAGCGACUGACUGGAGAGCAGAGAUGACUAAAAACAGAGAGGAGAAACCGGAGAGCAGGGUGGCCGAUAGAGCGACAAGGAGAGAAGACCGCAAAAAAACGGCGUUGCAUCAAAGUCUUGAGACAAGCAGGGAGCAUCCAGAAAGAGAAGCACCAAAGAGGAGCCACCACAAGGGGGAGGAGAGGGGAGGCAGCCGAGUGGAGAACGCCAGGAGGCAGUUUGAGAGGGCGGGAGGUGGUGAGGUGGAGGAGGAGAGGAUGAAGAGAGAAGAUGGAGGGAGUCGGAGGAGGGAGAGUAGAGGAAGCGACAGAGAACGAGGACACGAACACAGCCGGAGAGGAUCUCGACCUCGAUCCAACGCUCUGCUGGAGGACGGACUCUAUAUUUAGAUUUAGCACCAUCCAUGAUAACACCACAAUCAACAGAUGCGUUAAUUCCAGUCCACAGAGAACGAAAGUCAGUGAAUCACGUCUUUAAAUUUUGGGUCAUUCUUCCAAAUUUAGGAACAGUUUGCCCUUGACCAUCUCAGUUUUGUCUGAUUUUUUUUUUUUUUCUUAUGCAUAUUUACGCCACUGUUCAAAAGUUUGGGGUCAAAAAUACAGUCUAGACAUUACUAAUGUGGUAGAUGACUAUUCUAGUUGUAAACAUCUGAUUUUUAAUGAAAUAUCUACAUCAAAUCAAAUGCCUUUAUUGUCAUUGGACAUAUGUACAACGAGGCCCAUUUCCAGCAACCAUCACUCCUGUGUUCUAGUGGUACAUUGUGUUAGCUAAUUAUGUUGAAAGGCUAAUUGAUGGUUAAUGGAUGGGCUACGAUGGACUUUUGAAUGACAGUGUAUGUUGUUAAGUAAAACGUGUAAAAUCUGGGCUCAUAGGUAAUAUUUGUUAAAAUCCUUGAAGAACUCAUGGUCAUGUCGAUUUUUGCGCUGUUUGCUUCUGUGGAUCAAUAUUUGAAGAGCCAUAACUUGAGAAAUAAUGUAGUUAGAGUUAGGAAAUUUUGCAGGUUAAACGAUAUGUCCAUGUGGUCUUCAAUAGUUCAACCCAAGACAGGUAUAUGAUGGAGCUAGUUUGGUCAAAAUCAAGUCCAGUCCUUUAUUUUUCACCCUAAGAGGCUGCUUUUUUUGCUUUAAAAUGUAGAAUAUGGUGCCAGUAUCAAAUAUUAAAAUUAAUUAUACGACAUCAUUGCCUUUGGGACCACUUUUUUUUUCUAAAAUGAUUGAAGCAUAAUAAGUUGGAAACCAUGAUUUUUGUAGUUAUGAUGCAAAAUUGGUUGAAAACAUGUCCAAACCUUUAUUUUUUCACCCUAAAAGGCUGAUUUGUUUUGCUGUGAUUAGCACCAAUAGGAACUUUAAAAUGUUGAAUAUGGUGCCAGUAUUAAAUAUUAAAAAUUAACUAUGUGAUGUCAUUGCUUAUGGGACCAAUCUUUAUCAAAUGAUUGAGGUAUGAUAUGUUGGAAAACCUUGAAUUUUCUCAUAUGAUGGCGAAAAUUUGGUCAAAAACAUGUCCACCUUUAAUUUUCAUCCUAAGGCGCUGAUUUUAAAUAACUGGCACCAAUAGCAGCUUUAAACGUUGUAUGGCACGAGUCAUGGAAAAUCAUUAAAAUUGCUAUGGCUGGACCCGAAUAUCUGAAUAUUCAGUCGUGACAGUGGUAUCCGAAUAUUUAUUGUGAGAUCCGAAUAUUCUGAUUUUACAUGUAAAACUCAUGCACUCUAGCUUUAAUUAAAUCACCCAAACUCUUCCUGAAAACAAAAUCCACUGGACAAUAUCUCUAAUACCUAUUAUUAGGAUCUGUUUACUGUUGAUUUUGGUGUUUUUGUGGCAUUUGUGUUACUCAAGAGUGACAACUUUUAGUUUUUUUGUCAUCUGCUGACAAUCCCAUGGAUCCACAACUUUUUCUCCAGGCUAAAAUAUUUCCACAACCGCUGGAUGGACUUCUGUGCAGACAUUCAUGAUCCAUAGAAGAUAUUACGAAUGACUUUAAAGAGCCUCUGACUUUACAUUUAGUGCUGCCAUCAGGUCUGAGAUAACUCUGUCUCAGAGGGAAAUUUGCUUUGGAUGCACAAUGUUUCUGCUGCUGCCGUACAGUAAAAAAUCUAAACACAUCUCGUAGACACCUGGAUUUAAGAAGUAGCUGCACAAUAAAUGACUGAGGAUAAAUACUAAAAACACUAAAUAAACUGAAUCAGAUGCUAUAUUAAAGUACUCAGAUAUUCAGAUACUUUGAAUCAUUGUCAUCAGCAACAACAAUCAACCUAACUUUUAGCUGCUCUUUGUGUUUGGUGCUAAUGGGUAAAUAUUAGCAUUCUAACACAUUACAUAAGGCACUUACAAAGACGGUGAAUGUAAUAAACAUACCUGCUAAAUAUUAGCCUGUUAGCCUGACCAUGUUAACAGGCUAAUAUUAGCAUUAACCUUAAAGUUCUACUUAAAACUCUUGAGUUUGCCUCUGAAAUUAUUCUACAAUGUACAUUCAUGGCCUGCCUCAGGGUAUAAUAAGCAAAGUCAAUGCAGGAGUGCCUUAAACUUGCAUUCUGACAAAUAACCAGUAUGGGGUGACUCCUCUGGUUGCAAAAAGAAGUCAGGUUGUUAGAGAAAAUUACCCUUUUCUCACUUGAUUUAUUUCCUCAGUAAACAUUUUCCUCAUAAGUUUUUGGUCUCAAAUGUUACUUUAACAUCUCCUUCAGUACAUCAUGGUGUUAUAUUUUUAAAUUGCGGUCCUAUUUAGCAUGAAAUAGACGCUGAAACCAGGUAAAUUUUAGGCCAUGGCAACCUUGUGAUGGACAGGUUGCUACCAAAUCACUGAAAGUAGUGUUGAAGCUAUAAACACUAGUGAGUUUUUUUGUAUAUUUUGUACUGUGUUUUUUGCACAGUUGAUAAAUAUACUGACUCUGAAAUGCAAGAGAGUAAAUUAAAUAACCCUAACCCUUUAAGGAGUGAGGGGUGUUUUCACCUAAAUGACAGGAAAUAAAACAUUUAGAUUGUUUUACUUGCAGGUUUUAAAUGUUUAACAUGAGAUUUUACACAAAGCUGAUGAAUGGAUCUUAUUUUUGUUGUUUACAGCUUUGGUAACCUGGAGUUUCAAAAAGCAGUUAGCAGUUUAUUCUCAUUGUUAACCCUCUGAACCCCAAACUGUUUUUGGCCAUUUUUUUCUUAUGCUUCUAUCACAUUUUUACUCCCUUUGGGCUCAUUUUUCACUGCAAAAUGAAGUCUUGCACCUCUAUGGAACCAACCCUCCAGCAAGUUUUUGGGUGCCCAAGGGUUAAUUAUCCAAGAGAGUUUCUGUUUUCAAUGUUGUGAGCAGCACAAAUGCUAUACCUUUCACCUCCACUGUUUUAUGAUGGAAACAGAAAUCUGCUACACGGACAAAAAAAAACUACAGGAUCCUUCUGUAAUGUGGGGGGAACGAGUCUUUAAAAUCUUGAUGUGUAGAUAUUUUUAUGUUAUUAGAUCAUCUUUAAAGUAAUUCUGUGUGGAAAUUUCUUUGUGAGACUAAGAGUAUAGAUGUUUGUGAUAAUAAUCUGGAGUUUCCAAAGUCAGACAGAUGUUCUCAGAUCUUUCUUCCUUCUUUUUUUAAAUCGCCGGAUGCUGAAGAUUUGGUGACUUUAGUUUGUUUACGCCACAAACCGCAGAUUUCCAGUAAAACACAGCUUACGUUACUGCUAUUGUCUCCUAACUUUGUUUAAAAAAGAAAAGAUAUUUAAAACUUUAACAUGUGUUACUGUACAUGGUCUCUGUUCCUUUAUAUUAUUGGUGUUUCAGGGUAAAACUAUCGGGCUUGUUUUGAAGCCUUUCUUACAGAUAUGCUGCAUAUUGUUUGUCUAUCAUUGAAAAAUAGAGAAUAUGAGUGUGAGUUGUUAUAUUUCGGGAAAUACAGAAAGAUAUAUAAUAAUAAUGAUUUCACUAAUUAAAUCACCUGAUCCCUGUUUGUUUUAACGGCUUAAUAAUGGUACACUUUAAUCUGUCUUCACCACUAAUGUGAUUUUAUAUGUUUUUAUAUGGGAAAGUGCUCUUGUCUACGGUGUUGGUUUCUUAUCGAACAAAUAAAUUAAGAUUUUUUUAAAUGUC